AUGUAUAACUUUAAAUCUCAAUCGUCUUACUGUACGCGCUGCCACUCAGCUCAACAAACUUUAAAACCCUUCGUAUUGUAUUUUAAUAACUUUAAAACUUCAUUUUCUAAACCAGAUGAUAAUCCUAAUACUAAAAGCAAUAAGUUAUGUAAUAAAGCCCUUAAUUCCAAUCUAAAAAUAUUCUAUCAAAAUGUACGUGGCCUAAAAACCAAAUUAGUCAAUCUCAGAUGUUCCUUCCCAAUGUUUAACUUUUAUGACGUCAUUAUCCUCACUGAAACUUGGCUAACACCUGACAUAAGUGAUAGUGAAUUAGGUUUUCAUGGCUUUCAGGUGAUUAGACUCGAUAGAAAUCCAAACAACAGUUCUUUUCUCCGAGGAGGUGGAGUAUUAAUUGCCAUCAAUAAUUCCAUUAAAUACCAUCCUAUUACAUUAAGUACCUCGAAUGUUGAGCAAAUAUUUGCCUUACUGUCCUUCAACUCUAAUUAUUUAUUGGUAGGUGGUGUUUAUUUACCUCCACACUCUCCUCUUCCUGUAGUUGAAUCCCACGUUGCUUCUGUUGAGCAAAUCAUAUCCUCCUAUAAAUCUGUAUCAGUUAUCCUUUGUGGUGACUACAAUCUACCUAAUGUUACAUGGUCAUCUGAUGAACUAGGAUUAAUUGCCACAAGUGAUCACAAUAUGGUUACCACAUCUAUUAUAGACUCUUUUUCUUACUUAAAUUUCUUUCAACAUAACUUCCUUCCUAAUAGUCAUGGCAGCAUUCUAGAUCUUAUUUUUUCAAACUCCAAUAAAGUCACUAGCAGUACAGCAACUGAAUCACUUGUUAUUCCUGACCCUUAUCACCCGCCUCUUCACAUAAUCUUUCCUUUCCAAUCUGAUAAUGUGGCAGAUAACACCCAUACCUAUAAAGACUUCAAAAAUGCAAACUACUCUGGUAUAUCGCAAUUUUUUAACUCAUUUAACUGGGAGUCUACCUUUUCACAAUAUUCAAUCGACGGUGCUGCCUCUAUUUUUAAUGAAGCCCUGCUUCAUUCCAUUGAGUUGUUUGUUCCUACAAAAAUUUACAAGUUACCAAAAUUUCCUCUCUGGACCUCUCCCACACUUAAAAAUCUUAUUUUAAAGAAAAAGCGUGCCCAUGCAGUUUUUAAGAGGACUAAGUUGCCAUGCGACUACUUAGCUUUUUCUGAGCUGCGUGCGAAAUGUAAACACACUUCUAAGAUAGACUAUCAGUCAUAUAUAAGACAUACAGAAUACUCGCUCACUCACAACCCCUCUUCCUUUUGGAAGUAUACUAAAAAUCUCAGUAAGCACAACACGCUACCCUCCACCUUACGUUGGGAUACCACUACGGCUGAUAAUCCUCGUGAUUCUGCCAAUUGUUAUCUAAGUACUUCUAUUCCAUGUAUAAUCCCUCUAUUUCUCCACCUUUUAAUCCCCUUACAAAUAAUAGAUAUCCGUACGAACUUCCUUCUAAUUGCCUCAUUACUCUUGAUGAUGGGCAACUUGCACUUAACUCCCUAA